AUGGCCGUCCCCAUUACCACCAUCGCCGAGAGCAAGGAGCUCCGUGGCCUCAACCUCAUCGCGGCGCACUCGCACAUCCGCGGCCUGGGCGUCGAGCCGGACACGCUCGAACCGAAGGUAUCGUCGCAGGGACUCGUGGGGCAAGAAAAGGCACGCAAGGCCGCAGCCGUGAUCCUGAGAAUGGCUCAGGAAGGGAAAAUUGCAGGACGCGCAGUCCUGAUCGCUGGCCCGCCAAGUACAGGAAAGACAGCCAUCGCAAUGGGCAUGGCGCAGUCGCUGGGGGCGGAUGUGCCGUUCACCAUGCUGGCAUCAUCUGAGAUCUUCUCUCUGGAGAUGUCUAAGACUGAGGCGCUCACACAGGCUUUUCGCAAGUCUAUUGGCGUACGGAUAACAGAAGAGAGCGAGGUCAUUGAGGGCGAGGUCGUCGAGAUUCAGAUUGACCGCAGUGUCACAGGGAGCAACAAGCAAGGCAAACUCACUAUCAAGACCACCGACAUGGAGACGAUCUACGACAUGGGCACCAAGAUGAUUGACGCCAUGACCAAGGAAAAGGUCAUGGCAGGCGACAUCAUCUCGAUCGACAAGGCGUCAGGCAAGAUUUCGAAACUUGGUCGUUCCUACACACGAUCGAGAGACUACGAUGCGAUGGGUAUCGACACCAAGUUCGUGCAAUGUCCCGAAGGCGAGCUCCAGCAACGGCGCGAGGUAGUGCACACUGUCAGUUUGCACGAGAUCGACGUUAUCAACUCGAGGUCACAAGGCUUUCUAGCCCUCUUCUCUGGUGAUACAGGCGAGAUCCGGAGCGAAGUGCGCGACCAGAUCAACACCAAGGUGGCAGAGUGGAAGGAGGAGGGCAAGGCCGUCAUAGUCCCUGGUGUGCUCUUCAUCGACGAGGUCCACAUGCUCGACAUCGAGUGCUUCUCUUUUAUCAACAGAGCUCUUGAAGACGAGCUGGCACCCAUUGUCAUCAUGGCAAGCAACAGGGGCAACACACAGAUCAGGGGAACCGACUACAGAUCGCCGCACGGACUGCCGUUGGACUUUUUAGACCGGGUGGUGAUUGUGAGCACACACGCAUACAAUUCUGAGGAGAUGCAGCAGAUCAUCUCAAUACGCGCACAGGAGGAGGAAGUCGACAUUUCACCUGACGCGUUGGCGCUGCUGACCAAGAUUGGUCUGGAGACCGGGCUGAGAUACGCUAGCAACCUGAUCACUACCUCGGACCUGGUGCGCAAGAAGAGGCAAGGGCCGGAGGUGACCGUCGAGGACGUCCAGCGCAGCUUCUCGCUCUUCUACGACCCUAAGCGAAGUGUCAAGUUUGUGAGCGAAUCGGAGAAGCGUCUAAUUGGCAAUGCAGGUGACGUGUCAUUCACCGUCACCAACGGUACCGAGGCUAUGGAUGUUUCAUGA